UAAAAGAAAAAAAUUAUUAAAAAAAAAGGUUAUGUCUGACUCAUACCGAGGCUGAAAUGAAACGUCAGCCACUGUGAAAUGUGAAUGGAAGAUCCAAACCAUGAUUCCACCGCCACCGCUACCAGCGGCGCCACCGGCACAACAACCGCCGCUGUUAACUGGGACGAUCUCCCUGAGCAUCUCAUCCUCCACAUCCUUUCUUUCCUGCCCACCCUAGACACUAUCACAACGAGUUUGGUCUCCAAAAAAUGGUGCCCUCUCUGGUCAUUAAUUCCGUCCCUAAACUUCUCCUACUCUGAUUUCCCUCCCUACAAUACCCCCUCCACCACCCGCCAAUUCUUCGCCGAAUUCAUUGACCGCACCCUCGUUUGCCGCUCCCAUUCGCCUCUCAUCAAAUUCCGCCUCGAAUUCAUCUAUGAAGAUCGCUACGGUUUCCAUGUCGAUUCCUGGAUUCGUUAUGCGAUCAAGAACGGAGCUCAAGAGCUCGUUCUUGAUUUCUUCAUCGAUAAAAGUUUCCAUGUCGAGGAACCCCAUUCGUGGGAUACUUACGAUUUUCCCUUCUCCACUAUGAGAAAUGGGAAGGUUCGAGCCUUGAAGCUGACUCGAUGUGAUUUGACAUUGCCAACUAACAUGUCAAGCAUGCGUCUUUGGUCGAUGAAAUCCAUUUGUCUUGAUCAAAUUUAUUUGACUGAUCAGAUGGCUUUGGAUUUGAUUAGUGGGUGUCCCAAUCUCGAGAUUUUGGAGCUUGCGAACUGUUAUGGCAUGGAUACUUUGAAGGUUUGUUCUGGGAAAUUGAAGGAGCUGGAGCUUAAGUACUUUAUUCGUAACGAAAUUGAAGUGAAUUUGGAGAUUGAUUGUCCUAAUCUUAUUUCGUUAAGUAUAGUUUGGUUCGAGGUUGGGAAUUGCUGUAUUAAGAAUUUGUCUUCUUUGGUUCAUUUUCAUACUUCUAUUGGGCAUAAAAGGGACGAAUACUAUGGGUACUGGAAUAAGAUUGUGAGGACGCUUGAUCAAGUACCUCAUAUCAGGAGUCUUGCGGUACAAAAUUGGUGGUUUAAGUUGGUGCCAAAUGAAUUUUUUUCGGAAGGCUUUCUGUUAUACAAUCUCAAACAUUUAGAGUUACAAACGGGAUACACGCAAUAUGAUCUUCUUGGGAUGGCUGCAUUGCUCAAGCUUGCUCCCAAUAUUGAGACAAUGAUCCUUGAUUAUCUUUUCAAGAUUGACAAAGAUGAGAGUUUGUCAGAGGAACUCUUAAAUAAACCAAUUGAUCUCAGCAUGCCUAGUCUCAAGGAAGUGAAGAUGAAACAAUUUACUGAAACAGAAAAUGAAGCUCAUUUCUUGUCACUUCUAAAAAAACAAGGAGUGGUCUUAGAAAAGAUAGUAAUAGUUCCUGCAAAAGUGGGUGAUAUGCAAUGUCCUCCAAUAGUUCUGCGCAAAAGGUCAAAGAAGAUUGAGGUCGUAGAAUGAUCAUAUCCAGAAAUGGAAUUAAAAGCCUUGCCAGUGUACUAGCUAUUACUUGAUGUAUGGUCUGGAAUAUAUAUAUAUAUAUAUAUAUAUAUAUAUUUUUUUUUCUUUUUUCUCUUGGGGUGGGUGUGGGAUUUCUAGUUAUAUGGCCAUUUAUGAACUGCAUCAAUAUACCAAGUCCUGCCUUUUCUACA